CUCUCUCACCCAGGCUGGAGUGCAGUGGCGCGAUCUCAGCUCGCUGCAAGCUCCGCCUCCCGGGUUCACACCAUUCUCCUGCCUCAGCCUCUCCGAGUAGCUGGGACUACAGGCGCCCGCCACCACGCCCGGCUAAUUUUUUUGUACUUUUAGUAGAGACGGGGUUUCACCGUGGUCUCGAUCUCCUGACCUCGUGAUCCACCCGCCUCGGCCUCCCAAAGUGCUGGGAUUACAAGCGUGAGCCACCGCGCCCAGCCAAAUUGGCCUAGAAUUUCAAAAGGGCUCAUUACCAGUAUUUAUUAGAUGUGGAUAUCCUUUGAUCUGCCAGUUCAACUUUAGGGUCUCUGUAUUAGCCUGAGCUCCCCCUAGAAAGCAGAGCUCAAAAUGAGAUUCUGCAGGCAGGAAGCCAGCAUUGAGAAGUGAAUGAGGGUGAGUCCAGAGCUGGGAAGAGUGCAAAAGCAACACAAGGCUAUAUUAUCAAGCUGAUCACCAUUGUGCAUAACUAGGACUCGAUCCUGCUAGAACCCUGAGCCUUUGAGGAUGGAAAGUAUCUCAUUUAUCGCUAGUUCCCUCCCCAGUACCUGGCAUGUAGCAGAGACAAGAUAAUUGGCCACUUAAUUAUUCAAAAUCAGUGCUCUAAAAAGUGUCUGUUUUAUGUGGAUUCAGCUCAAGUCUGCAGCCUUUCUGUACCUGCAGGCUCUGGGACUUCAUUUUAACAGCAUAGUCCAGAAAAGGGAAUUUAAACUCAGUAGACACUAGUUUAUAAACCAGAAAGCCAACGAAUUCAUUAACUUAAAGAAUAACUGCAAAUGAGUUGGCUAGUAAUAUAUUUUCUCCUAGGAGCAGAUGCCACCUAUGAAACUAAAUUAGUGCCAGGCUAUUGCUUGGUGAACAAGUAAUGACUUUUAGGCUCAAUUGGUAAAGCGUGACAUAAAUUGUGAGAUUAGCACUGUAUAAGCUGAAAAGGUCUAUAUAAAUGUAAGGUAUUAUUAACAUCACCAUAUUAGAAAAUAUGCUGGAGGGAGUAUACAUAGGGGUUAUACCUGCAAGCACUAGAGUCAGACAGAAAAGGGUUCUACCUCUAUCAAACCUUAUAGAGGAGUCACUGCACUUCCCUGUGCCUCAGUUUCCUGCUCUGUAAAAUAGAAAUAAUGAUAGCCACAUGCUUUUUGGAGCUGUUGUAAGAAUUAAAUUAGACAAUGUAUGUAAAGUUUUGACACAGUGUGCUGCACUUAAUAAGUGCUCAAUAAAUGUUUGCUAAUAGUAUUCAGUUCCCUUUCUUCUCAGUCACCAACUCUAACAUCAGACAGGUAAUAAUACAACACUACUACAAUUAUAAAAACAUAGACCUGGUGGCAGGCAACAGAGGCUCCAGUUUCUGCUAGGCAGUUCUAGGUGGUCAUUUUACACACUGGGGAGUCCCAGUUAGGGAAAGGGAGUCAGGCUAGUGGGACCAAGGGAUAGCAAAAAGAGCAGAUGCACUCUAAGUCUGCCUUUCUUCAUGGUGCAGGACACAUAGCCCUCCUGUGCAAAUAACUCACAAUCUUCCUGCACUCAGCUAUCACGAGACACAUGCAAGUUAGCUCACUGUAACCUUGGAGUUCUCGGUACUGCACAGCACUCUGCAGCCCAAGAACCACCGGAUAAAAUCUCCAGCAAGCCUUUGUUUCCUUGAAGUCAGCUCCUCUCUGGCUGGUCUGCCCAUUGCAACCUUUCAACGUAUUUUCAUAUCUUCUCUAAUAAAUCUGUAUUUCUUUACCUAGAACUGUUGAUAAAUUAUUUUCCCACCCAUGUAAUACCAGUCUCACGUAGUCGCUGCUCACCCAAGAGGCAGACCUGAGCCUUAGUUUACACAUUAGAAAAACGUAGACGCCUACCAAUAUUGUUCAUUCAUUGAUUUCAUUCCCUCCUUUCAUACUUACUGAAGGUCCACAAUACAGACUUAGACCUAAUGCUAACUAUGUACUCAAAACCUGCGUGGAGGAACUCACAGCCUAAGUUUCAAAUGAGAUAAUGUAUGUGAAAGUUCCCAAAGGCCAUUGGCAAGACUCAGAAGACAGUGCUGGUGUGACUCCUGUCUUUCAGUCCCCACGGAGCCCUGUCCCUUUGAGACCUUCCAUUUGUCUCCUGGAUGCUCGCCUGUUAAGUGGGGCAGAGGAGGCCGUCGUAAAUAAGACAAAAGAUCAGGCUUCCAUUCUGGAAGAAAAGAAUAAAAGGAGCUCACUGAGUCCAGACCUAAUGGCAGUAAGGGCAACGGACGCUCACAGAAGCGCUGGGGGACGGGCCCAGGGUUGGGGGAGAAAACUGGGAUCCCAACUGCGCACGCGCGCUCUGGUUUUCGACGGGAGCAGAGCCGGACGAGGUGGGAAGCCUAACGUCAAAGUCUACGUAGGAAGACGUAGGGAAGGCAGCGAGGAAGGCGCUGGCUCUCGGGUCACGUGAUGCGCCGGGAGCGUCAUCGCUUCUUUCCUCCCCAAGAUGGCGUCUUUGCUGCAGUCGGACCGGGUUCUCUAUCUAGUCCAGGGAGAAAAGAAGGUUCGGGCCCCGCUCUCGCAACUCUACUUCUGCCGCUAUUGUAGCGAACUGCGCUCGCUGGAAUGUGUGUCUCACGAGGUGGACUCCCAUUAUUGUCCCAGUUGUUUAGAAAAUAUGCCGUCGGCUGAAGCCAAACUGAAAAAGAAUAGAUGUGCCAACUGCUUUGACUGUCCUGGCUGCAUGCACACCCUCUCUACCCGGGCCACGAGCAUCUCCACACAGCUUCCAGAUGACCCAGCCAAGACCACCAUGAAGAAAGCCUAUUACCUGGCAUGUGGAUUUUGUCGCUGGACGUCUAGAGAUGUGGGCAUGGCAGACAAAUCUGUAGCUAGUGGCGGUUGGCAGGAACCUGAAAAUCCUCACACACAACGGAUGAACAAAUUGAUUGAAUAUUACCAGCAGCUUGCUCAGAAAGAGAAGGUUGAGCGAGAUCGCAAGAAACUGGCACGACGUAGAAACUAUAUGCCUCUGGCUUUUUCGGACAAAUAUGGUCUUGGAACCAGGCUUCAGCGACCACGAGCUGGUGCAUCCAUCAGUACCCUUGCCGGACUUUCCCUUAAAGAAGGAGAGGACCAGAAAGAGAUAAAGAUUGAGCCAGCUCAGGCUGUGGAUGAAGUGGAACCUCUCCCUGAAGACUAUUAUACAAGACCAGUAAAUUUAACAGAGGUAACCACCCUUCAGCAGCGUCUGUUACAACCUGACUUCCAGCCAGUCUGUGCUUCACAGCUCUAUCCUCGCCACAAACAUCUUCUGAUCAAACGGUCCCUGCGCUGCCGUAAAUGUGAACAUAAUUUGAGCAAGCCAGAAUUUAACCCAACAUCAAUCAAAUUCAAAAUCCAAUUGGUCGCCGUCAAUUAUAUUCCAGAAGUGAGAAUCAUGUCAAUUCCCAACCUUCGCUACAUGAAGGAGAGCCAGGUCCUCCUGACUCUUACGAAUCCAGUUGAGAACCUCACCCAUGUGACUCUCUUGGAGUGUGAGGAGGGGGACCCUGAUGAUAUCAACAGCACUGCUAAGGUGGUGGUGCCUCCCAAAGAGCUCGUUUUAGCUGGCAAGGAUGCAGCAGCAGAGUAUGAUGAGUUGGCAGAACCUCAAGACUUUCAGGAUGAUCCCGACAUUAUAGCCUUCAGAAAGGCCAACAAAGUGGGUAUUUUCAUCAAAGUUACACCACAGCGUGAGGAGGGUGAAGUGACCGUGUGCUUCAAGAUGAAGCAUGAUUUUAAAAACCUGGCAGCCCCCAUUCGCCCCAUUGAAGAAAGUGACCAGGGAACAGAAGUCAUCUGGCUCACCCAGCAUGUGGAACUUAGCUUGGGCCCGCUUCUUCCUUAAAAGGUUCCAUUGGAGGGCAGAUCCCAAAGGACAGUAUCAACAUAAACCUGCGUUAAAAUGUGGAAGCUGCUGCUUCAUUAGGCCUUGUUUAUAACGAUGUACCCAUGCACUACGGAAUUCUAUUGCUAAGAAAGUGGGAGCAUAGGCAAGGCAUUGGGAACACAGGGUAGCUGCUGUUGCUCUUGCUCUAACCCCUGUUGACACCAGUAAGUCUGUGUCUCCCUCACUGAGCCCUGCACGUUGAGUAACAGCAGCAUAAUUCCAUCCUAGGAAAGGGGAUGGGUGUUCCUUGGAAUGGCAUUGUAUUUACCACCUGAGAAACUCUGACUGUACUGUCUCUUGAUCUGAUCUCACUAAGGAUCACAAUGUCACAGAUGAAACUUAAAUGAUAACCCAAAGGUAGACCUGCUGUUAAUGAUCCAGCAUUGGUCACAAUGUACCAACUGCUUUCUGCAUUCCAUUAAAUAUCAUCUAACAGUCUAAAAUAUAUCCCUUCACUUGCCAUAAUGGCUGCCAUUUUGCCAUAGAUUUCCAUAUAACUGAAAAAUUGAAUUGUCACAUUAUCUUUAGUAUUGUGAUGAUUGGAAAAACCUAUGAAGUUGUUAAGGCACUCUCAUUUGCCCUCUUUUUCUAAGUGAAUACAGGACACGUAUUAGUUGUUCUUAAUUUUUUUCCCAGUAAAAUAUGGAUCUUUUAAGAAGAAUUUGAGAAGCAAGCAAUUACAUGUCAUGUCAGGGGGUAGCAAAUUCCAUUCGUUUUCAAUAUUGCCACAAUACCCAGGGAUUAAUGCUGCCACAGGGGGGCAAUCUUUAUUUGUCUUACUUCCUACCCCUUCCCUGUUCUGCCUCUUUAACUUGGUUAAGUUGUUCUGUUUGGGACCUGGAAAACAACCCAAAGAAAACCUGAGUGGACAGGUUCAUUUCUGGAAUGCAGAAAACAUUUUAAAGGUUAGAUUUUUAGCAUAUUCUCAACUAGCAUUCUUUCCAUUGAUUUGAAGGGGAAAUUAACUAUUAUAAUCUCUUGAAUCCAAAACUGGAUAUUAAGAACUUUCCCCCUUACUAAGUUUAAGACUUUUGUCAUGUGGUGAGUCAAAUAAGACCAUUUUGAUUGUAAACCAUAAAAUAGUUCAGCAAGUAGCCCACAAUUCUGGCCUAACAGCAGACUUGCUGUUUUCACUUGGUAUCCUGGAGUUGGGUUGCUAACCUUAAUUUCUAUGAUGUUUUCUAAAAUGAAACUUGACAAAGUAGACCACCAGCUGCACCGUGUUUUCUGUAAAAGUAUUGUUAGUUAAGUGGCCAAGAGACUUGAGGAAAAUACAGAUUUUUUGUUUACCUUGGUCUUGUUUUAAGUCUUAAAAAAUUAAAGAUACAUUAUAAUGUAGAAUACAGAUGGGGCAUAGUCCUUGUAAGCUUUCCUUGAAAAUGUUUUAAAUAUUUAGGAAGCUUUUAAAAGACACUAAAUUGUACUAAUUGUACAAAGGUCAAGCCAAUUUUAUGAAACAGUCCCACAGAGUAAUAUAUGUGAUACAGUGUAAGAAGGAAAAUACUCAUCUCUAACGUUAUGGUAAUAAUAAGGUUUAGCCUCUUAGGAGUUGGAGCAGGGGGAUGGGUAAUUACAAAUUUGCAGACUAUAGAAAGAGUUUCAUUUUUUUGUGACCCCACAGAGUCUCAAAUUUUUAUUUCACUACCUGCUAGAGCCUACUGUGAAAUCACUGCUCCCUAUUUGCCAGUGGAGGAAAUGGGCAUAGAGUAGAGAAUAGCUUCAUAUGUUUACACGUUUGCAUAGACUACACACAUGUCGUGCAUUUAUGGCAGGUAGCUGGUAUUUAUUCCCCAAAGUAAUAAUGUUGAAGUAUGGGUCUCAUCAUUCCCAUAUACAGAAACACAAAACACUUUGAUUGUAAACUUUUUUCUUCAGAAGCCGAAUUAACUUGCAGAAUAAUAGAGCCAUUGGUUUAAUGUUUCCUCAAGAUAGGUUUUAGUGCAAGCUAGUAUUCUGUGUGUUCGUAGAAAUGAUUCAACACCUGCAGCUGGUGAAUUAGGAAUUGUAUUUGUUGCCUUUUUUAUAUUAGAUGAGGUGCAAAAAUUUUAAUGCUAGUCAGUAUGCACCACCACAAGAAAGUUAGAUCCUAUUAGCACUUGAAACUACAGUUUUGGAAACUUAGGCUAAGUUAAUUUGGAUUUGUUACUUGAUUCACCUACUGACCUUUUCUUUUGUUUGAAGUGCUUAUCAGCAUAAUGAGCUAAGUGUCAUGCAUAUUUGUGAAGAAACAUCCUUUUUGGUCCCUUUUGGGACAGAGAGGUACUCCUUGAUCUUUAUGAAUGACAGGUUACUGUUUUGCCUUAUUGCUUAACUUAAUGUAGUGAAAUAAAGCAGACAAAGCUUGA